AUGCCCCGCCACGACGCCGAGUACGAGGUGCUCCUGUCCGAGGACGUUGACGCCUCGGAGGGGUCGCAGUCGCCCCCACCGACAGGUGAGCGCACGUCCCCGCUCGCCCUCUGGCUUGGGGCCCUCGUCCUCGUAAUCGCCGCGACGGACCUCGCCGCGGUCGCCUACACCGCGCGCCUCGCGCGCACCGUGUUCGCGCCAAAGGACUUCGCCGCGCGCCUCGAGUACGCAAGCCCGUACAUCGGCCUGGACGAGCUGUACGCGUCGGGCCAGGCGAACGCGUCCGUGCUGGAGCCGAUCACGAUCCGCCCGCGCAUCGCCGCGCAGGUGUUCGUGCAAGAGCCCGACCGGCCCGCCCCGCGCGGCGAGCACGACUACUGGCACGAGACGUACGGGCGGAUGUCGCCCAACGAACGACGCCUGCGCGUCAGCCCCGACGUGCACACGAUCAUCCAGUUCCGCGCAAUCGACUUCGGGAUGGAGGACUGCCGGCUCGUGCUCACGCUCCCCGCGCUCGGCGAGACCCUCGAGGCGGGCGCGUCGCUCUCCAUGACGCCCGGCUCGCGCAUCGAGCUCUUCCACCUCGCGGCCCCACGGCCCAUCGACGUGCAGGCGCUCACGUACCGCUCGCGGCCCCGCGCGCAGGGCAGCGUUGGGUCGGUCGUCGUGGACGGGAAGGGGGGCGACGUGGAGUUUUACAAGUUCCCGUGUAAGUGGAGCUCGCUGCACGCGUUCGAGGUGCAGUGUGUGGAGGGCACGGAGUGCGCGCUGGACGUGUGGUCGAGCCAUAACACGACGUAUGGUGUGAACAUGGUUCAGUAUCAGACGAUUUAA